CUGGUAAUUAAUAAACAAUUGAAUCCAGCAUUUAAUGGCACCAAUUGGGUUGUGUUGUGCGCGGGCAGUCGGACAUGGGAUAACUACAGGCAUCAGGCAGACGUAUACCACGCCUAUCAUGUGGUAAAAUCUCGAGGUAUUCCCGAUUCAAACAUAAUUGUCAUGCAUUACGACGAUAUAGCCUACGCCAGUGAGAACAGGAGCCCCGGGAUUGUAAUCAAUCGGCCCAACGGUCCGGACGUCUAUAAGGGAGUGCCCAAGGAUUAUGUUGGUAAAGAGCAUAACCCUUCGAAUUUUUUGGCUGUGCUUAGAGGUGAUACAGAAUUAGCUGGUUGUGGUAAAAAAGUUGUUAAUAGCGGACCCAACGAUCAUAUAUUUGUUUAUUUUGUUAGCCAUGGUUUUGUAAAUUUGGUUGACUUUCCCGAUACAUACCUUUACGCCGAGGAAUUGGUCAAUGAAUUGAUUUCAAUGCAUAAAAACAAUAGAUUUGCUAAAUUAGUGUUUUAUAUGGAAGCGUGUUAUUCUGGGUCUAUGUUUGACAAAUUACUUCCAAACAAUAUUAAUGUUUACGUAACGACCGCCUCAUUACCAUCGGAGGAAAGUAGUCUGUGUUGGUAUAACAAAGAGAUGGACACCUAUCUAUGUAACGCCGCCUGGCUUUACGACUACGAAAACAAGGACCCGACGGUUGAGUCCCUUCAAGAGCAGUACCGGUAUAUCGAGAGUGUAAUCAACAAAUCGCUGGUUCGCGAACACCAACACAGCCAACAGUACGGAGACCUAUCCAUUGCCAAACUCCCUGUGUCUCACUUUUUGGGUGAUCAAAAGUCUCACAAACCUCUUGGUAUAGAUCCCGUGCCUAAAGACAAUUGCGAUUCUAUUCCCUAUACAAGUGCUUACGUGAAUAGAAAACAGAAACAGAUUUUGUACGCAAAGGAUAUCCACGAGAAAUAUAGAUAUUUGUCUGAAUUAAAUGCUGUGUUGAGAGGCAGACAAUAUGUUGACAAUCAUUUGUAUGCAUCAAACAAACUGUUUAUAUUUGUGAACAUUUGUCAAUCGCUGGGAAAGAUGAGUGAUGCGGACAAUGCUACGAAA